CUAAAGGUAUUUUGCAUAUCCUGUUUCCCUGACUCACAUUAUGUUGGCAGUUAUUGCCAGAGGAGGCUAGCCGAGCUGCGCUAGCCACAUAGAUGCUCAGAGUGCUGCACAAAACUAAAAGCAAGAAGAGAUAAAGGCUGAUAUUCAGUGAUGGACGGGUUUGCAGGGGACAUGCUGAGCGGUGGUCGGGCCCUGCUCGCUGAGGACAGCUCUGUCAUGGCUCGCAUGCAGAAGAAGUUCUGGAAGACCAAACAAGUCCUCAUCAAAGCCACGGGCAAGAAGGAGGAUGAGUACGUCGUGGCCUCAGACGCUGACCUGGAUGCCAAGCUGGAGUUUUUCCGCUCUGUUCAGUACACAUGCACGGAGCUGCUGAAGGUCAUCGAGAAGUACCAGCACAGGAUCACACGCUUGUCCCAGGAGGAGAAUGAGCUGGGCCUGUUCCUGCGCUUCCAGGCUGAACACGAUCGCACAAAGGCUGGGAACAUGAUGGACGCCACCAGCAAGGCCCUGUGCUCCUCCGCCAAGCAGAGGAUGGCACUUUGCCCGCCACUGCGCCGUUUGCACCAGGAAGUGGAGACGUUCAGGCGGCGAGCCAUCGCUGACACACUACUGACCGUCAGUCGUAUGGAGAAGGCCCGCACCGAGUACAGAGGAGCUCUGCUCUGGAUGAAAGACGUCUCCCAGGAACUGGACCCAGACACCUACAAACAGCUGGAAAAGUUCCGCAAGGUUCAAACCCAGGUCAGAGGGACAAAGAGCCAGUUUGAGAAGCUGAAGAACGAUGUGUGUCAGAAGGUUGACAUGCUGGGAGCAAGCCGCUGCAACAUGCUUUCCCACUCCCUCUGUACCUACCAGACCACUCUGCUGCACUUCUGGGAGAAGACGGCUCACACCAUGUUGGGAAUCCAUGAGGCCUUUCACGGACAUGUACCAUACCAAUUCACCACACUCAAGGACCUGCGUGAUCCACUGGAUGAAAUAACCGACACAAAAAAACAAGAUGAUAAGAAGGAGAAGGAUCUACAGACCAACACAGACAGUCUGGUGUCCUUGGAUGACGGCAAGCCAUCAGGAAGUGCCUCUGGUGCAGACCCCACCCACAGCAGUGAUGGACACAGCCAAACCAGUGACAGUGUGCACCCAAACACCACCACACCCCCCCAAGGACUGUCAGCGGACUUUCAUGACGACCUAAUGCUCAUGGACUGUAGUCUGCCACAGUCACAGCUCCCAACUCCAGCAAAUGUCCCUCUCCAGCCUCCUGCUCAGGGUGGAGACCCCGUUGAGCUCUGGGGCCCUAAAAGCCUCCAGUCACAGCUGCCUGCCACCGGUGGGGCUCUGCUCUCAGGUGGUCCGCCCCACCCUGCUGGGACAGGGCUGAGACCGGAAGAGGAAGAUGGCGAACAGGGCGACAUGGCUUUCUUAAAAGACCUCCUCAGCCCGGACUGGGGGGCCAGUGACGAAUUCAGCAGAGAGUGGCAGGAUGCUUUUGGGCUGUGUGACCCUCCCAGCCAUCCUCCUCCGAGCACGGGAGCAGCAAGCAGUGGACCAGCAGCAAGCAGUGGCCCAGCAGCAGCGUGUCUGCCCUCAAACCCCCCCAGCCCCACAGGCUUCCUGCCCUCCCAUCUGCUGGAUCACAGUCUGAGCUCUACAGGCUGGGCAACCCCACCUAUGUUCCAAGCUCCGCCCCUGCAGCCUCCUCCGGGUCAGAACCAAUCAGCUCACCUGGCUACAAGUUCAGCACCAAAUGCUACUCCAGACGGAUCCAAAGACAUGUCUGCCUGGUUCAACCUGUUUGCAGACCUGGACCCCCUCUCCAACCCCGACGCCAUUGGACGCUCCCCGGAUGAGCUGCUCAACGCCUAAAGCUGUGUGUGUGUGUGUGUGUGUGUGUGUGUGUGUGUGUGUGUGUGUGUGUGUGUGUGUGUGUGUGUGUGUGUGUGUGUGUGUGUGUGUGUGUGUGUGUGUGUGUGUGUGUGUGUGUGUGUGUGUGUGUGUGUGUGUGUGUGUGUGUGUGUGUGUGUGUGUGUGUCAUUGAUGCACACACAAGUGCGCCUGCAUUUCUGUUACCGAAACGAGAUGGUUGCAUAGCCCCACAGGCUAAUAGUUAUUUUAAACUGGAAAAGAAAAAACAGUUGGUUGAGACGAUUGUUAAACGUUCUCUGCAGCUUUGGAAAUGACACUAGUGUUAACACUACGCGUGGAGCUACUCACUCAUAUACACACAGCAGACCUCGUGUGUUACCUUUCUGUCAUUGCAGCUUCUGACAAGUUGAGAGAAUGUAUAUACAGGUUUAUUGUGGACUGAAGCUGUGUGUUUAUCUGUGUUAGUCAUGUUUGCAUUGUGGACACGACCCAGGAUGUAAAACAGAUCUCUAUUUACUGCUUAAUGUUGAGGCUGAUGCCACCAUUAGACUGUACCAGCCGGAACUAGAGCAGACACACAGCCUCUCUAUGAGUAUCCGUCCACCUUCAUCCCCGAUUCUACUGGCUCUGAAUGUAGUAUGGGUAAAAAUAGGACACGUCUGAAAUUAUUUUCAGUCCCAUCUGUCGUCAAGAUUCCACAAUCACAAGUCUAAAGCCAAGGAAAAUGCGUUAAGGAUAAAACAUUUGUGUUGUAGUCAUUUUCUUUUGAAGAAAGUUUUAAAGUAGCACACAGAAUUAGAUUAUUUUGGGCUGGGUGGGCUAUUAGAGUCCUAUAAAUCUGCAAAUAACGGCGCCUAAAAUGCAUUAAAAUGUAUUUAUUUUCAGAUUAUAUCAGUGUAUGCAAAAUCAGAUGUUUUUGUUUUGCAGUACAGAUACAUUCAACACUAAAAUAUCACUGUAAAAUCUAUCUAUUUUUAACUUUGUGUGUUGUGUAUUUUGAGAAUUCAGAUGAAUUUUCGAUAUUAUACUUAUUAUAACAACACAUUGAUAUAUUAUGACAAUAUAUUAUUGUUUUAUGGGAAAAGAUUUAACACUGGAGAACUGUUACCAUGUCAUAAAAUAGAUUUCUAACUGACCUUAUGUGGUUUAAUUCCCAAUGAUAUUUGUGUUUGAGGAGAAAAAAAAAAUUGCACAAUGCAGAUGUAGAGUCUGUUUCAAAAAUGCAUUUUAAGGAAAAUAUUGCUCGGUUGUUGAGAUGUGCCUAUCAAGUCCACAUGCACCAACUGAAAGCAAAUCCUCAGUUACGACAUUUGUGUGCUAGUACAAAUCUCACUCAGUGGAGCUAAGGUAAUCGGAGUGCGUCAUGGGAAAAAAAAUAAUCUGAAAAACACUUUUUUAUACAAGCUGCAUAUUAUUAUCUCUCUCUUAUCCACGUGCAGUGGUCACAAGGGAAACCACUGUAGUAGUGUUUUUGUCACAUGUAUUGAACUGUUUACUCUUGAUUUACACACUUUAAACAAAGAAUGUACAUCUCAAGUCAAUCACAAAUGCUUUUAUUUAAUUCAACUAUGCCUUUUUAUUUCACUCCAGGGGUUUAACAGAUGACAACUUGGCAGUUCUGUUUCUAAUAAACUGGACAAGCAAACAGAA